AUGAGCCGGCCCAGGCAUGUGGGCAAGAUCUGGAAACGCCUGGAAGAUGUUAAGAACCAGUGGGCCCGGCCAGCCAAGGCCGACUUCAGUGACAAUGAGAGUGCCCGGCUGGCCACAGAUGCCCUCCUGGAUGGGGGUCCGGAGGCCUACUGGCGGGCACUGAGCCAGGAAGGUGAGGUAGACUUCCUGUCCUCCGAGGAGGCCCACUACAUCCAGGCCCAGGCCAAGGAGCCCCCCUGCACCCCGGAGCCCCUGGCAGGGCCCGAGGCAGGCCUCAAGGGACAGGACAUGGCCUCCUUGCCAUCGGACACCUACUUCCCUGUGGCCUCAGAAGGCAGCGAGCCAGCCCUGCUGCGCACCUGGGCCUCGGCCGAGAAGCCCUACCUGAAGGAGAAGUCCAGCGCCACCGUGUACCUGCAGACGGACAAGCACAACAACAUCAGGGACCUGGUCCGACGCUGCAUCGCCCGGACCAGCCAGGUGCUGGCCAUCCUGAUGGACGUGUUCACGGAUGCCGAGAUCUUCUGUGAUGUUCUGGAAGCGGCCAACAAGCGCGGGGUGUUCGUCUGUGUGCUCCUCGACCAGGGAGGCGUGAAGCUCUUCCAGGAGAUGUGUGACAAGGUGCAGAUCUCCGACAGUCACCUCAAGAACAUUUCCAUUCGGAGCGUGGAGGGAGAGGUGUACUGUGCCAAGUCAGGCCGCAAGUUCGCGGGCCAAAUCCGGGAGAAGUUCAUCAUCUCGGACUGGAGAUACGUCCUCUCUGGAUCAUACAGCUUCACCUGGCUCUGCGGACACGUCCACCGGAACAUCCUAUCCAAGUUCACGGGCCAGGCGGUGGAGCUGUUUGAUGAGGAGUUUCGCCACCUCUACGCCUCCUCCAAGCCCGUGAUGGGCCUGAGGUCCCCCAGGCUGGCCAUGCCCCUGCAGCCCCCAGGGGGUCCCAGCCCACCACAAGGCCCACUGAGUGACAGCAGCAGCUCGGCCAGUGACCACACCUCCUCCAACCCCUUCAGCACCCCGUCAACGGGCAGCACCCCUCAGAACCAGAGUCAGUCUGCAUCCUCGGGGCCCAGCAGUCCUCUGGCCCCAAACCCUGCUGCGUCUCCCAGGUUCCAGCCCUUUCACCAUGUCCCAUGGGGGCCCCUGCCUGCACAGACACCCUUCUUGAGGCCUCUUGACAGCCCGACUAUGCUCUACAGCAACCUUAAUGCCUACAGGCCCACGCGACUGCAGCUGGAACAGCUGGGCCUGGUGCCCAGGCUGACCCCCACCUGGAGGCCCUUUCUGCAGGCCUCUCCCCAUUUCUGA